UUAAAUCAAAAUGUUGAUUCCUUUAAUUUGAAUAAUAUUCCUGAAUCUAUUAAAACUUCUGAAAAAUUACCGGAAUUUGUGGAAAAUUCUGGAUGCUAUCCAAAUGCAGCUAAUCGAUCUCACAACACAACAUCGCCAAAUAAUUUACGAAACGAUACGAAACGCAAUGAAAUCAUUAAUUUGGAGCCUGUGAAUCAACCUAUUUCUAGAAAUGAAUCUAAAAUCAAUGCAAAACCCAUCUAUAAUUUACCUUCAAAUCUACCGAACCCCAAUCGAUUCCAGGAUAUUUCACAGCUGGAUACACUACACGGUAGGGAUGCCCGAUCCCACAAAACAACUGUGAAUCAAUCCAAUUCUAGAAAUGAAUCUGGAAUCAAUACGAAAUUCAUCGAUAAUUCGGAAUAUUGCCAAAAUUUACCUUCAAAUGAACCCAACCCCAAUCGAUUCCAAAAUAUUUCACAGUUGAAUACACCACACGCUAGAGAUGCCUCGUCAAAUGAUUCUCGAAAUGGAUCGAAAGUAAUUCAAAAUAUUAAUUUGCAGUCUUACAAUCAAAAUAGUUCUAGAAAUGAAUCGAGUAGAAGUGAAAUGUUACCAAAUUCUGGAUAUUAUCAGAAUUCACCUUCAAAUAUAUCUGACUUAAAUCGAUCCCAUCAACAACUUUCGCAUAGCUCGCCAAAUAAUUUACGAUUGAAAUCAAAUCAAAACAUUAAUUUGCAACCGUUGAGUCAAAAAAAUUCUGGAAAUGAAUCGAAUAGUUGUGAAAUAACACCAAAGUUCAAUGGAAAUUCUGCAUCUUGUCAAAAUUCACCUUCUGGACAACAAGUGUCACAUAAUUCAUCGUUAAGGGACGCAUCGCCAAACAAUUCACGAGGAAGCGAAAAUUCUGGAUAUUACCAAAAUUCACCUUCAAAUCUACCCAAUCCCAAUCGACUCCAGGAUAUUUCACAGUUGAAUGCAAUACACGAUAGGGAUGCCUCGCCAAAUGAUCCACGAAAUGGAUCGAAAAUAAUUCAAAAUAUUGAUUUGCAGUCUUACAAACAAAAUAGCUCUAGAAAUGAAUCCAAUAGAAGUGAAAUGUUACCAAAAUUCAUUGAAAAUCCUAGAUAUUACCAAAAUUCGUCGUCUGAUAUAAGAUCGCAACAGUCGCAACGUAUUUCACCGUUGGUUGGAGUACAAAGUACGAAUUCCUCACCAAUUUCGCUACAAAAUUUGCAUAUAAGUGAGCAACAGAUUUUAUCUACUUCGAAGGAUUUGAAUAAAAACAAUCAAAGACUUUCGCAGCCGUCACCAUCAAGAAUAUCUCCAGCAAUCAUUUCGUAUAGCUCCAAUUCAUCGCCUGUGAAUUAUCCUCGCAUAUCUUCUGUUUCUCCUCAAACAGUUCCAAUUAAUUCUUCCCCGCAAAAACUAUUAAAUUUACAAAACGUGGAAGCAUUUUAUUGGAAAAAAAUUAGCGAAAUGAAAGAGAAAGAACAAAUGAAUCAUAUGUAUUUCCAGCCACAAACCCAAAUGACUCAAUUUGGAAACAAUAUAAGUGACGCAAGGCAAUCGCGUUCUCGAGAUAACACACCUCAUUCGGUUAUACCGCAAAACAGAGGCCGAAGAAGUUUAAGUUUACCACGAAAUAUUAGACCUGAAAAGCCGAAUAAUAUGCAUACUAGUUUUGAAGAACCAACCAGAUUGUAUUCGAAUAAUUCAGAAGGAAAUACAUCUGGUUAUGGAUAUACUACCGUACAACAAGGGCCCUCCAUAAAUCAACUUUCGAAUUUCAAUAGGAGAACACCUCAGCGAAGUACAAUUAGUGCCAUAAAAUAUAAUAAUCCCGGGGAUGCUAUAUACGAAAAUUACGUGCCUGGUGUACAAUUUCGACAUCAAGCCUUAUCUGUAAAUAAAUCAUGUGAGCAAACUUAUGCACCGAUAUUCAAACGUGGAAGUCUACAAAAAAAUUCACAAGAGGAUAUGAAUAUCGGUAAUGCCGGGCAGAAAAAAGUAAGCUUUUUAAGUGCCACCCAAAGUUCUGUACAACCAAAUCAACAAAGCUCACCACCCGCAUGGCCAACUAAAAAUGGUUACGUGCAAAGUCCACCAACCCGACGUAAUAAUCGUUCCGAAAGUGUUGGCAGCGAUAAUGUUUUUAUUUCUGAAACACCGACGAAAGUACCAUCAACUUGCGAUCGUACUCAGUUGUUCUUUCCAAAUAAUCAAGAUUAUGGACGAACGCAUCAGCAAAUAAUGCUGGCUCCAAUGUAUGGACAAGAUAUUUAUGGGCAAGCAAUUUAUGGGAAAACCGUACAAGUACCGCAAAACAUUUACGGCAAUGGUACUAAUCAAAAUGCCAUUUAUGGAAAGACUUCAUCAGCAGUUUAUGGUAAAACCGCACAACCGAAGCAAGUGAUUGUGCGGAAUAAAGUUUGUGAUAUGUAUGGUCAGAUUCAUGAUACAACUGACGAUUCGAAUCAAAUUUAUGGACAAAUUAAAAAGUCUGGAAUUAUUUAUGGUGAAUUAAAAGGACCUAGCAAUUGUCAAACAAUGAAUCCAUUGCAACAAAGAGCAUUACCAUCGCCUCCACAAAAACAAUCACAGUCAAUGAUUGUACCGCGAAGUUCGACCUAUGUUUACUCAAAUGCACAAAUGAAUCAAUUACCACAACAAAUUCAAUCGGAAUCUGAGAGUGGCUCCGAAGCUGGCGAAGUUCAAAGGAUUAUGAAGAAUAUGGAUGCCAAAAAUCAACCUAUACCAGAAGAGGAGUGGAACGCUGAUGGAAAAUCAGGUCGUGGCCAUUCUGGUAAUGAAUCUGGUGGUGUAGUUAGCGAUGGUGAGCUGAGAGGCAGUCGAUCGGGGCGUAGUGCCCGAAGAGACGAUCCACGGCGGCAUACAUUGUCAGGAGAUCAACAUCUAUAUCAGCCUGGUGGUACUCCUGGUGGAAUACUACGGACAAUGGAUCUUGAAAGUUCAUUGCCACGUGGCUAUCCACCGCCAAAUGCAAUGUUAUUCGAUGAUGAUCCUGGUAUUAUGUCCGAAGUCGAAACAAGUUCGACAGGUUUUCGAAGAGGUGGUAAACAACGAAGUUCAUUGCCAGUUGUACGAACACCCAGUAAAACAUUGGAAAGGCCACUUGGUUUGGUGUUUCUACAAUAUAGAAACGAAACAAAACGUGCAUUGUUACCAAAUGAAAUCACAUCAAUCGAUACCGUAAAAGCAUUAUUUGUACGAUCAUUUCCAAAACAGCUAACGAUGGAAUAUUUGGAUUCACCAUUGGUCAAAAUUUAUAUUCAUGAUUCAUCCAAGGAUAUGUUCUACGAACUUGAGGAUUUAAGUGAUCCUUCUAGGUCACAUUUACGUGAUAUCCGCGAUCGAUCAGUGCUACGUUUGUUUGAAUCAACGGACAUCUCUGGUGGUUUACCCGUUGCUGGUCAAGGGAUAUCCGGUGGUGUUGGACAUUUUGAAGAUCAAAGUUAUUUCUCUGAACCGGAAUUCGAUUCUGAAUAUCAACAUCAGCAUAUACAUAAAAGCAAGUCAAGUGCCAAAGCAGCGCCUCCAUAUUAUUUAGCAUCCACAACAAGUACACUGCCACGUGGGGGUCCAUUAUUACGAACAUAUUCACCAGCCAUAGGUGGGGCGCCACCGAUUCCAGCUGAUCGAAUUAAAUCAUUACCGGGUCAAACAGAUCGAAUGCGUACUGAUGGUUAUAUGUCUUCUCCAGAACGGAGUACACGUGGUCAAUAUGAAGAUCCAUAUUAUUCACAAUUUGCGCCACGUUCCGGUUCCAUAACACCAGUAAUCGAUGAAGAAGCCAGUGAUACUGAAUUGCUUGAUGAAUCGUACUCUCUGUAUGGCGCAAAAAUACCUUCAGGAGGGCCACGUGCCGUGCCAGCGCCUCGAUCACAGUUUCCUACACCUGCCGCAGUUCCAUAUGAUACUACACGAAUUCGAGUGGAACAUAUGGAACGUCAAUUAGCAAAUUUAACUGGAUUGGUUCAAAAGGCAUUAACUCAGGCACCAACAGCACCCAGGGAUUUCUUAAUACCGCCUGGGAGAGACAGUUUUCGCUCAGGAGAUGAAUUUGAUAAAAAUUCAAGUUCUAGUUCGACAUCAUUACCAGAUGAUAGCUACCUGCGUUCCGAUACUAAGACCCCAAAACUAGGCAAAUCUGGCUGUCACAAAUCCGUUUCAUUUGAGAAAUCAGUUUCAUUCAGCGACGAACCACCAGACAUGAAUUCACCAAAACAACAUUCGCCACAGCAUACAGCGGAUACUAAACCCCCAAAGCCGGCCAUAAAAUCCUCUACAUUGCCUCGAACAUCUUCGCAAGAACGGGAUCGCUUAAAACCAGCACCACCUCCAAAACCGGCUGCAUUAGCUGUCCAGUACGAUAGCAGUCGACAUUUAUAUCGUGACCUACAAUUAACACCAGAAAUGUACAAUCAGCUACGUGGAUUACAGAAGAAAGCAAAAGAUUUACGUGCAGAAGUGCGUAACUUACGGCGUAUGUCUCAAGCACAAGCGCAUUCUGUGCGUGAAACUAUACGGGAUACAUUUAUAAAGAUACGCACCAUGUUACUGGUUGGCGGAGAACAAGCCUGGCAAGCAGGAAUGGAUCAAGAACGAGUUCGUUUAAGCAGAGAAGAGGAUCUUUAUAAACAAGAAAUGAUUCGUUUGGAAAAAGAUUUAUCAGAUUUGGAAUCUACUGUGGAAGAAUUACGUGGCAAUGUUAUUAAUCGAAAAACACGAGUUAAUAUGUCCGAUGUUGAGAAUAUGGCAUUAAUUUUAAGUAAAAGCUCUAAAACUGUUGCGGAUCUUAAAGUACGGUUUCCAAGUUUACAAGAAGGGCUUAAAGGAAUGUUAACAUCUGAAAUGGAAAAAGUUGUACGAGAGGAAAAAUUUUUAAAAGAAGAGCCUGAACGCUUAGAGAGUGCAUUGCGUCGAUGUAAGAAAUUAACUGGAACUUUAGUCACAUUAAAACGCCUAGCCAGUGUACAAGAACAACGACUUCCGUGUCCGGGUAAUCCAACAGGUGAUGGUCGUCUAUCACCAUCGACAGACGAAACACCACCUGUCACACCCACAUCAGCUCAACAUGGAAAACCCAAUUCCAACAUACCCACAUCGCGUCCUAACGUGGGCCCGGGCGGCAUCGGGGGAGAUUCCAUCGACUCCGAAUCCAGCCAGCGUCCGGAGAACGCACUCGACGCUCUGUUAGAUGAACUGCAAACAUUUUCAAGGCCACACAAUUCAGCACCACCCCCCUCACAUGCGUUGCCCCAACAACAAUCCACAACACAUGCACCAUCAAUGGGCGAAAUUGGACGAAAAGGUAGCAUGGAUUCACAUGCACUAACAGUAAGUACGGGUAGUGGAACAGGCAGUCUACGUCGUUUACAUUCAUAUCCAAGUGGUUCCGAUACGGAUAACAGUCCACCGAUUCAACCCGCUCCACGAGCAGCGAAUAUUGGCGUUAAACCACCGUUACCCGAACGAAACGCUGAACUGUUGCAAGCGUUAGCUGGCCGUCGUGUACCGCCCCCACCACCGCCUAGAACAAGUUCCCGAUCACCAUUAGCGUCACCAACAUCCCCAGGUAUACCCCCACGUAAUAACACCCCGUCUACUUUGCAACAUAUACAAAAUGUUCAAAAUAUGGCGCAGAAUGAAAACACAACACAGUCACAGUUUGAUGCGGCCAGAGAGAAUUUAGGUUUGGGUGGAACUCUACGGCGAAACGUUCCCGGGCGGUCAAGUUUAAAGGAACGUUCACAAACGUUACCACGAAAUAUUGGUUCCAAUCUGCAAGUGCAUACCCAACAACAACAAACCGAAAUCGAUAACAAUAUGAUGAUGCUUACAGCGAGUAACAGCAGUAGUUGUGAAUCGGUUAACUCUCAAGAAGGUGCAAAGAAAAACAAUCGUCAGGAACAACUGGAAAUGCGACAUCAAGAAUUAUUAAAGAAACAAAAAGCACUCCAGGAGCAAUACGCACGGCUACAACAAUUACAGCGUGGUAAUAAUGCUUUAACUGUUGUUCCACCCACUCCCGAUAUUUUAUUAAAGAAAACUGGUAGCGAAUCGAAUAUCUUACAAAAAAUGGGUUUAAAUAUGAUGACAGCAUCGCCACAAAUUAAUACGGGAUCUUUGACCCAUCUAGCGAAUAAUAAUGGUAAUCUAAGUACGGUACCCGUGUCCAAUGAGAACUCCACACAACAAUCCACUGGCGCUAGCACAACGAGUAAAGUGUAUGAAACUGAUAUCCUGUGACCCCAUGCAGCUAUUAGAUAUUUUUAUUAUCUUCGAAUUACAAAUAUUUGCCAAAUUAUCAUGUAUUAAUAAUUAUUAAUUAAAUGAAUUAGAGUUUUAGAUCCAUCAUUUUUAGUGGAGACAAGCUUGCCAGGAGUACGAUCCGAAGAUACGAUCCAAAUAUGUUCAAUUUUUGGGAUUUCCGAUCUUUCUAGUUUGAUAUUCGUGUCAUUGGAAUUCCAAAACUUAGCCUUCUAAGUUUUACAAAUUUGCAGGUUUUUCGUAUUAUACAGGAAAACGUUCAAGAUUGCGUAACUUCAGCCUCUAAUAAUCCUUCACUGCUGGAUUUAUCGGUAGGUCAGAUUUAAGGAGUGGACAAAUUUAAGAUUUUAGAAUUAUAUUAUCAAAGGGAAUAUAUUAGGUUAGAGUGGCUGCCCUGGAGUGGGACACAAGCACACCAAUGGGUCUGUUUUGAUACCGAAAAAGGGUUGAUCCAUCUGCGAAUACUAGCCCAUCAGUGCUUUGACAUAAACCGACUUUAGUUACGACAGGUCCUUUUCCUUCUCCUCAUGGCAAGAGCUGGAUAGCGACCAAGAAGAUUAUGCUGCCCUCUGGUAAGCCCAGUUCUUUAGUGUGGCUGCCGCCUAUCCAGUAGCUGUAGGGAAUAGAAGAAACAAAUUUUAUACGGGUGAAAGUGAAAACCAAUGCCAUGAGCUACGAAUUUAAUUAUUUAAACUUGAAAUAAAAAUCUAUACAAAAAUUUUGGUAAACUUGUCUCAACUAAUUGAAUAGAUGUUAGAGUUUCUCUUAUAUAGUGAAGUUGUUGUCCCAACUCUACAUUGGAGGGACUCUAAAGAAAAACACAUUACUGUACUAUCCAUGUCAUAAAAAAAUGAUGCAAUUUUAUAAAAAAAAAAAAGUAUAUAAAUAUUAUAUUUAAUCUGCCCCCUCCCCCUACAACAAUUCAUAUACAUU